GCCGAGGCGGUGGCGUCGCCCAAGUUCCAGGACUCGAGGUGGGUCAACGGGACCUGGGACCUCAGCCGGUUCGGGAACACCGGCGGCGCCGUCGACUGGGACUCCGUCAUUGACGCCGAGGCCAGGAGGAGGAAAUGGCUUGAAGAUUCCCCGGAGGCAAGUAGCAGCGAAGACGCCGUUGUGUUCGACACUUCGAUUAUCCCAUGGUGGGCAUGGAUCAAGCGGUUCCAUCUCCCUGAAGCCGAGAAGCUAAAUGGCCGUGCUGCCAUGGUGGGCUUCUUCAUGGCUUACUUUGUCGAUAGCUUGACGGGCGUGGGGCUUGUCGACCAAAUGGGCAACUUCUUCUGCAAAACCCUGCUGUUUGUUGCUGUGGCUGGGGUGCUCCUGGUCAGGAAAAACGAGGACAUCGACAAUCUGAAGAAGCUCAUCGACGAGUCAACGUUCUACGACAAGCAAUGGCAGUCAACUUGGCAAGAUGAUUCCCCUUCCGGGCCGAAGAAAUAGUUCCGAAGUUGAAUUUUGCGGUGGCUGAGGGACGACGCGGACUUUCCUCCUUAUGUUGUACUGUUUUCUUUUAUCAGCCUUCUUUUUCGUCAAACUUUGUAAUAACUAUGCCAUCUUGUAAAAAGUAUGAACUCAGUUAUGUGCUAGAGCCUAGAGGUAAACGCUUCUGCUGGUUAUUUAGCUGAACGUUUUGCUGCUGCA